AUGAUGUUUAAUGUAACUGAAGGAGAUAAUGACAGAGAUCGAGUCAAGGAAAUAAUCAAGAAACUGUCGAGUGAUAUCAAAGAUUCUGAUAUGAAAAGAAUAAUAAGACUGGGUAAAAGGGUUGAAUCAACAAAUAGGCCAAUUUUGAUAGUGAUGGAUAACAUUUCAGCUAAAGAGUUGGUGAUGAAGAGUUCAUACAAACUUAAGCAAAUGUCUGAAGAACUUAGUAAGGUAUGGAUUGCCAAUGAUCUGACUGCUGAACAGAGGAGUGAAUUGAAAAGUUUGAUUGCUAAUGCAAAGUCAAGAGAAGCUGCAUGUACGGGAGGUUUUUUAUACAGGGUCAGAGGACCUGUGGGAAAGUGGCGGAUCGUGAGUUUCAAAAAAUUACCUGUGUUAAAGACUUUUGAGGCAUUAGCCAUUAAAUUAAAAAUAAAUGGAACUCAUAUUGUUUUAUUGGCUGUUUAUAGACCAGGAUCGGCUUUAAUUUCAUCUUUAUUCUUUCAGGAACUUGUUGCUGUUUUAGAGAUAAUAUCCUUGCUUAGUAACAAUGUUGUCUUAGCUGGUGAUUUUAGUGUGCAUGUAGAGAAACACAUGAAUCCUCACAGUGUGUCAUUAUGUGAGGUUUUUGGUAAUUUUAAUCUUGUUAAUAGAAUAAAUGAACCAACGCAUGAAUUAGGAGGUGUGUUAGACCUGAUUAUCACUUCUAUGUCUUUUCCAGUUUUCGAUAUUCGAGUUCUGCCUCCGGGAGUUUUCUCUGAUCAUGGAUGGUUCGAUCUUGGAAAAACAUGA